AUGAACAACACCAUCUCGCCGCUUCUGCUACUUGCCACCAUACUUGUUCUAGGAGCUACGACCGUGGGUCUUGUUGCACUGAGGGCCAACAGCAAGCAGGAGGCCAUCAGCACAAAAUACAUAGAGGAGAUCAAAUCCACAAGGACAAAGGGAUUUGUGUUCUUCCUCCUGGUCCUUGUGCUUACAAACAUUUACUACUUCUUCUACACACGGAACUAUCUGGAGGGGGAUGUACCAUCCUUCCUCAAGGCAAUCCACAUGGACAGUCGCUCCCUAAAGAUGCUUGAGCUGUACGUCAGAAACACCCAGAAAAGCUUCCUGUUCUAUGCCAUCGCCCUUGUCGUGCCGCUUGUGUCGUCGAGAAGAUUCAGGGUCUUGGCCAUUGACGAGAAGGCGUCCAUCGCGUUUGUUAGAUACUACUCGCUGUUUGGAAGCCUCCUAUAUCCACUGGUCUUCCACAUCUCCAAAGGAUACGACCUCGGAAGUUACCUGGUGGAGGUCCUGAACAUUGCAGAGACCGUUCUGCUGCUGUCGCUAUAUCUUUUGCUGCUGCUGAAAAUGUGGAAGGUGCACGACGUCCUCUCAUACACCCAGAUCAUCACCAAGUUCGAGAUCGAGGAGGUUCUCAGCAGGACACGCUCCAAAAUUGUUGGCAUUAUAGCAUACCUGUGUCUCGACAUGGUGUCGGGGGCAGCCAGAAUGGCAGAAAUGUUUUUCCCCAAGGAGUACAGCCUGGGCCUCCCGGUCAACUCACUUGUGGAAACGGCCUUCCUUGUAAUCCUGUACUGCUACUCAGUUAAGUUCCUGGUUAUACCGGGCAACGGCAUCUGUGAAUCUAUUCAGCGAAUGGAGGAUAUCAAGAAACAUGUCGUGACCGGGUUCCUGAAUCUCGAGCAUCGGGAUGAGGACAACAUGGUAGACAUUUCGACAAUUCCAGACAUCUAA